AUGAAAACUACAUCAGUCGAUAGUACAGAGCGUGAGCUACAUUUUGUUAUCUUAACAACAAAAUCUUAUGCAAAAGAUUAUCAUGAUAUUGUUUUACCAUCUACAUCAAUUCAAAUAAAUCUGUCUUCUAUAAUACAACAAAAGUCAAUUUAUCUUUGUUAUUUAUAUUCGUUGAAUAAUGAUUAUCCACAUUAUGUCAACAGUUAUGAAAUAUUAAAUUAUACCGAUAAUUUACAUCAUUUACUGAUUUAUGAAUGUGCCAACUCUAUGACAACAAUAUCUAGUAAAUAUUUUGGAAUAUGUGGUUCAGAGAACAGACAUAUGCCCAUGGAACUCUAUGAAAAAUGUCAAACACGCAUAGUACUAGCAUGGGGUCGAGGUGGUAAUUUUCAAUAUAAAUAUCCUCAACAUACUGGUUUAAAAUUAAAAACACAAACAUAUCUAUUAUUAGAAAUACAUUACGAUCCAUUUAUUAAUAGACAACAAUCAGGUAUCCGUUUUUACUACUCUCAAUCAAAACCAAAAUAUGAAAUAGGUCUAUUAACAUUAGGAACAUUAGUUAAUUCAACUAUUUAUUUACCACCGUAUUUAGAUCACAUAUCAUUUAGAACAUAUUGUUUUAAUGAUUGUAUGCAGAAGUAUCUAGCCAACAAUCAAACUCUAAAUGUUUUUCGUGUAUUAUUACAUGCUCAUCAUUUAAGUAAACGAAUAUGGAUAAAAAAGAUUGAAAAACAAGGAAAAAAAUCUCAAAUAAUAAUUGAUCAAAAUCCUUAUCAUUUUAAUAAACAAUUAACAGUUGAUAUCAGUGUAAAUCUCACAAAUAAUGAUGAAAUAGUGUUAACUUGUGAUUAUUCAACAAAAUAUCAGACAUCAUUGACAAGAGGUGGUUAUAAUACAAAUGAUGAAAUGUGUCAAGCAUUUUUCUACUAUUAUCCAAAAAUUGAACAAUUUCCAUUAUGUUUGUCAUUACCCAUUUAUAGUGAAUUACAAGAUUAUCCAAAAUGGACUAAAAAUCUCAGUGAAAAUAUCAGAAACCGUUUAGUUAACAAUAAAAAUCACCUAGGAUUGUGUGGUGAUAACACUCCAAAAUGGCAUACUAACAGACAGUUAACGACUGAUGUGAAUCUUAGUUUUAAGUAUAAACAGUUCAAUGCUUGUUUUUACGCCGGGAUUCAUGAUAAAAUCAAACUGAAAGGCAAAAAACGAUGA